UGUCAGGGGUGUGCUCAGCCAUGCUGGGCAGAGGGACAUCUGGCCAGCAUGCUUUUCUGGGCAGCUCACCUGCUGCUCAGCCUGCAGCUGGCCGUUGCUUACUGCUGGGCUUUCAGCUGCCAAAGGACAGAGUCCUCUCCAGGCUUCAGCCUCCCUGGGGACUUCCUCCUGGCAGGCCUGUUCUCCCUCCAUGCUGACUGUCUGCAGGUGAGACACAGACCUCUGGUGACAAGUUGUGACAGGUCUGACAGCUUCAACGGCCAUGGCUACCACCUCUUCCAAGCCAUGCGGUUCACUGUUGAGGAGAUAAACUCCACAGCUCUGCUUCCCAACAUCACCCUGGGGUAUGAACUGUAUGACGUGUGCUCAGAGUCUUCCAAUGUGUAUGCCACCCUGAGGGUGCUCGCCCAGCAAGGGACAGGCCAUAUAGAGAUGCAGAGAGAUCUUCGCAACCACUCCUCCAAGGUGGUGGCACUCAUUGGGCCUGACAACACUGACCAUGCUGUCACCACUGCUGCCCUGCUGAGCCCUUUUCUGAUGCCCCUGGUCAGCUACGAGGCGAGCAGCGUGGUCCUCAGUGCGAAGCGCAAGUUCCCAUCCUUCCUGCGCACCAUCCCCAACGAUAAGUACCAGGUGGAAGUCAUAGUGCGGCUGCUGCAGAGCUUCGGCUGGGUCUGGAUCUCGCUCGUCGGCAGCUAUGGUGACUAUGGGCAGCUGGGAGUACAGGCGCUGGAGGAGCUGGCCACCACACGGGGCAUCUGCGUCGCCUUCAAGGACGUGGUGCCUCUCUCUGCCCAGGCGGGUGACCCAAGGAUGCAGCGCAUGAUGCUGCACCUGGCUCGAGCCAGGACCACCGUGGUCGUGGUCUUCUCUAACCGACACCUGGCUGGAGUGUUCUUCAGGUCUGUGGUGCUGGCCAACCUGACUGGCAAAGUGUGGAUCGCCUCGGAAGACUGGGCCAUCUCCACGUACAUCACCAAUGUGCCCGGGAUCCAGGGCAUUGGGACGGUGCUGGGGGUGGCCAUCCAGCAGAGACAAGUCCCUGGCCUGAAGGAGUUUGAAGAGUCCUAUGUCGGGGCAGUGACGGGUGCUCCCAGAGCUUGCCCAGAGGGGUCCUGGUGCAGCACUAACCAGCUGUGCCGGGAGUGUCACGCUUUCACGACAUGGAACAUGCCCGAGCUUGGAGCCUUCUCCAUGAGCGCUGCCUACAAUGUGUACGAGGCUGUGUAUGCUGUGGCCCACGGCCUCCACCAGCUCCUGGGAUGUACCUCUGGGACCUGUGCCAGAGGCCCAGUCUACCCCUGGCAGCUUCUUCAGCAGAUCUACAAGGUGAAUUUUCUUCUACAUAAGAAGACUGUAGCAUUCGAUGACAACGGGGACCCUCUAGGUUACUAUGACAUCAUCGCCUGGGACUGGAAUGGACCUGAAUGGACCUUUGAGGUCAUUGGUUCUGCCUCACUGUCUCCAGUUCAUCUAGACAUAAAUAAGACAAAAAUCCAGUGGCACGGGAAGAACAAUCAGGUGCCUGUGUCAGUGUGUACCAGGGACUGUCUCGAAGGGCACCACAGGUUGGUCAUGGGUUCCCACCACUGCUGCUUCGAGUGCAUGCCCUGUGAAGCUGGGACCUUUCUCAACACGAGUGAGCUUCACACCUGCCAGCCUUGUGGAACAGAAGAAUGGGCCCCUGAGGGGAGCUCAGCUUGCUUCUCACGCACAGUGGAGUUCUUGGCGUGGCAUGAACCCAUCUCUUUGGUGCUAUUAGCAGCUAACACGCUAUUGCUGCUGCUGGUGGUUGGGACUGCUGGCCUGUUUGCCUGGCGUCUUCACACGCCUGUUGUGAGGUCAGCUGGGGGUAGGCUGUGCUUCCUCAUGCUGGGUUCCCUGGUAGCUGGGAGUUGCAGCCUCUACAGCUUCUUCGGGGAGCCCACGGUGCCUGCGUGCUUGCUGCGUCAGCCCCUCUUUUCUCUCGGGUUUGCCAUUUUCCUCUCCUGUCUGACAAUCCGCUCCUUUCAACUGGUCAUCAUCUUCAAGUUUUCUACCAAGGUACCCACAUUCUACCACACUUGGGCCCAAAACCAUGGUGCCGGAAUAUUCGUCAUUGUCAGCUCCACGGUCCAUUUGUUCCUCUGUCUCACGUGGCUUGCAAUGUGGACCCCAAGGCCCACCAGGGAGUACCAGCGCUUCCCCCAUCUGGUGAUUCUUGAGUGCACAGAGGUCAACUCUGUGGGUUUCCUGGUGGCUUUCGCACACAAUAUCCUCCUCUCCAUCAGCACUUUUGUCUGCAGCUACCUAGGUAAGGAACUGCCGGAGAACUAUAACGAAGCCAAAUGUGUCACCUUCAGCCUGCUCCUCCACUUCGUAUCCUGGAUCGCCUUCUUCACCACGUCCAGCAUUUACCAGGGCAUCUACCUACCUGCGGUCAAUGUGCUGGCAGGGCUGGCCACUCUGAGUGGCGGCUUCAGCGGCUAUUUCCUCCCUAAGUGCUACGUGAUUCUCUGCCGUCCAGAACUCAACAAUACAGAACACUUUCAGGCCUCCAUCCAGGACUACACGAGGCGCUGCGGCACUACCUGAUCCGCUGGGACUGUUGAGAAUGGGCAGAUGGGAUGGGCUGAAGGUGGCGG